ACCGGCGAGAAGAUGCCGAGAGAAAUAUCCGAAAGAUGAGAGAGAAUGGAAUUGUACCUGAUAUUCUCACAUCAACAACCAUGGUUCACAUGUACAGCAAAGCAGGUGAUCUGGAUCGAGCAAAAGCCGCAUUUGAGAGCUUGAGAAGUCAAGGAUUUCUACCAGACAUGGGGGUUUACAGUUCCAUGAUCCUAGCCUAUGUAAAUGCUGGCGACCCGAAGAAAGGUGAAUCAUUGAUGAAGGAAAUGGAGGUAAGAGACAUGAAACCCUCUAAGAAGAUCUAUAUGGCCCUCCUAAGGUCAUUUUCUCAGCACGGUGAUGCUAAUGGAGCCCAAAGAAUAGCAACUUCAAUGCAAUUUUCAGGAUUUCAGCCCACUUUAGAGUCAUGUAUGUUACUUGUUGAGGCAUUUGGAAAAGCGGGUGACCCUGAUCAGGCAAGGCAGAAUUUUGAUUACAUGAUUAAACUUGGACACAAGCCAGAUGAUAGAUGCACUGCUACCAUGAUAGCAGCAUAUGAUAAGAAUAACUUGCUGGAUAAAGCCUUAAGUCUUUUAAUAGAGCUUGAGAAAGAUGGCUUUGAGCCUGGGGUGGCUACUUAUUCGGUUUUGGUGGAUUGGUUGAGUAAAAUGCAACUAAUUGAUGAAGCUGAACAACUCUUAGAUAAAAUUGCUGAGCAGGGUGAGGCUCCUCCAUUCAAGGUUUAUAUUAGCCUAUGUGACAUGUAUGCAAGAGCUAAUGUUGAGAAAAAGGCUCUUCAAGCUCUUGGAGUUUUGGAGGCAAAACAAGAGCAGUUGGAACCAGAAGAUUUCGAGAGGAUUAUAUGGUCGCUUAUAGCUGGUGGAUUUGUACAAGAUGCUCAAAAGUUCCAAGGAUUGAUGGAAGCUCGGGGAUUUACAGUGUCUGAGCAACUUCAAGUGACACUCAUGGCGUCUCAAACUUUUCUUCGCAGAAGACCAUCUGUAAGAUAAUGUUGAUCGCUUGCAUAAAAGAACUUUUUGCGUGGUGAGAUGUGGUGAUUAGGGGGCAGGUGAAUUGCUAUCACUGAUUCCUAGAUUAUUUUAUGGAACAUUAUAUAUUAAUUUAAUGUUGUAAAUAAUAAAUCAUUCAGUAUAGCUGAUCCAGAUGAUUAGCUGUUUUACUAGUAGUAAUGGAUGUUCCAUUGCUGUGUCUAUAAGAAAUGGUUUAGGUAAUUUCACAUGGUAUAGUAAAAUGAAAAUUUCUGUGGUGCUUAGCCCUAUUUGUGCUGCAGAGAAUGUUUAUAAAUCGCCAUGUGUGUGAAAGUUGUUUCAA